AUGGCGGGCCCAGGAGGGAGCUCCGACUUGGACCUGCCUGACUGGAACGUGGCGUUCAAGGAGGACAGCUUCGACUGCUCCCCAGUGAAGCAGCCGCUGGUGCAGGUAUCCCUGAAGGAUGGCAACACGCAGCGCGUGAGCGCGUUGGGUCGCCCUGGCGCGGCGGCGGCGGCGCCAGCACUCAAGCCAUUGGUGGCAGCGCCGGCGCCGGCGGCACAGCCGGAGGCCGCAGAUUGCAACGCAGAGAACGAGCAUGCCGCCUCCACCUCGGCCGCGGCGGAGCCACCUCGCAGCGUACGGCGCACCCACACCCCCAGCCGCACCGGGCUGACCAGCCGGGCGGUGCGGCUGCCCAGCCGGCUGGGCGUCACCCCGGGCGCCAAGCAGGCGGAGCAGUUCGUGGUGCCGCACUCGACGCAGGCAGGCGCCACCGUGGCUGCCGCACCGGCUACUGCUGGCGGCGCCGGUGCCAACCUCAAGUCCAUCCUAAAGCGCCUCAACUUCUCCACCACCAAGGGCCGGGGCACGGCGGCAGCAGCAGCAUCGGCUGCGCCGCCGCCCAGCGCCUCUGCAGCCCAGCUGCACCCCCAGAGCACCAUCAAGCAGCUGCGCUUUGACGCAGGCACCACACCCGCCGCGGCCGGCACGGCAGCCAAGCUCUCCCACCACCGCCACGUCACGUUUGACGCCGGGACCGUCAGCCCCACGCAGCGCAGCGGGCCCGAUGUGUCGGGCGUGGCGGCGCUGGCCCACAGGACUCCCGAGCCCGCCAUCCCUGAGGAGGAAGGUGGCAGCGGCGACGAGCAGCCGGCGGGCAGCAGCGUGAACAGCAACCGUGCGGGGCACACGCCGUACGACCGCCGCCUCUCCUCGCUGUUCCGCAAGUAUCAGGAGGCGGGCACGCCUGAGCUGCCUGAUGCCGAGCUGGAUGCGCUGGUGGCUGAUGGCGCGGUGCGGUCGCCCUCCUGGAGGCGCCUCUCCUCUGCUUCAGUGCCUGAGUCCAUCCGGGAGCUGGCCAAGAGAUAUGACAGCCACAGCAGCGCUGGCAGCAUGAUGAGCCCGCUGGCAGCCGGCCCCACGCCGCCGCCCGCCACCGCUGACCCAGCGGGCAAUGAGGCUGCCAUGGAGGAGGCGGGCGCCUCCACGCCCAUGCCCGCGGCGCCAGGCGGCGCCCUGGAGGGCAGCCCUGCCAUGGACCCCACACCGCACAAUGUGGUGGACAGCGUGAUGAAGCGCAAUGCGCUGUACGAGAGCCCGCCCGUGCAGGGUGGCGAGCAGCGGCAGGGCGGCGCGGCAGGGGCGGCGCCGGCGCCUGCCGCCGCAGCCCGCCAGCCGCUGUCGCCGGCCUCGGCUGUGGCGCAGCUCCUGGCUCCCGUGCUGGUGGCUACCAUCGCCGAGAUCCAGCAGGACGAGGCGGCGGCUGCCAGCCCCGGCAGCGCUGGCGGCGGCCUCCCCAGCCCAGCAGCAGAGUUUGGCUCCCCUCACCUGCACGCCGAGUCAGGCACCCCAGGCGCUUCCGGCGCCCGGUCUGCCUGCGACGGAGUGCCGCGGGACGCCGACGGCGUCCCCGCGCACACCCCCACCACCGUCACGGUGCGGCGCGGCAGCUGCUCCAGCGGGCUGCGUGCGAUGGAGCAGGACGAUGACCUGGCGGCCAACCUCUUCUCCAGCUUCAGCCCUGCUGGGGAUGGCGGCGAUGGCGGCGCCGUCAGCCGCCCAGGGGAGGAGCCGGCUGCGGCGGCUGCUGGCCCUGCCGCCACCGCACAGGAGGCUGCCGGCAGCCCUGAGUUCAGUUUCUUCCCCGCUGCCACCUCCCACAAGCAGCAGGCGGCGGCAGAGGCGGCGGCUGCCGGCGGCACGCCGGAGCUGCCCGUGCUGCACGGCCCCGGCGGCUCCACCAUCUCACCCGAGAUCCUGGGCUUCUACGAGAGCCAGGCCCAGCAGGCGCGGGCUGGCGACAGCGCCGGCGCCGGUGCCAGCCACGCCGGCGCAGGCCCAGCAAUCCCCAGAUCCAUCAUCAAAUCUGGGCGGCCCCUGAACGAGGCGGGCACACCGGUGCUGGGCCACGCGCGGCGCGGGGGCGCCGACGGCGCGCCGCCCACCAUCACCCGAGAGCUGCAGGCGCUGAUGGCAGACCUGCGGCUGGAGGACCCCGCGGGCAUUGAGCAGAUGGGCACCGUGCCGGCACUCAGCCCGGUGCGGGCCGGCGGCAGCCGCAUGCGCGGCUUGCUGGGCGGGCUGGCCCGCGCCAUCACGCCGGUGCGCCGUUCAGCGCGCAAGAUGGCGCACGCGCCGCCGCGGCCGCUGGAGGCGAUGCUCGAGGAAGCCGACUUUUCGUAUGUGCCCAAUGCCGCGCUGAUGCCGGACAGUGCCCAGCCCAAGGUGGAGGAGGCGGAGGCCAAGGCGGCCAGGAAGGCAGCCAGCCAGGCCACCGAGCCGUCCCUGGCGGGCACGCCCGCGGCGGGGGUGCAGCGGCCAGAGGUGUCCAGUGCGGCAGCCAGCCGCCGCUACAGCACACGCAGCGCAGCACGGGCCGCCGGGGCUGGGACACAGGAUGGGCAGAUGCAGGGGGAGGCUGAGGUGGCUAGCAUCCCUGGGGCAGAGGUGCAGCCGGUACUGGACGGCAGGCGGUUGAGCCUGCGCCGCCUGCGCACCCCGCUGCAGCAGGCGCACACCUGGGCGGCGGGCGAGGCCGCCACGCCGCAGGCCACGGUGCUGGCUGCCGACACGCCCGUGGCGCAGGAUGCCUCGCCUAGCUUCGCCGAGAACGGUGCCGACCGCUCAUACAGCCUGCGUGCCAGCACGGUGAAGAAGAGGAAGGGUGGCAGCACGCCGGCAGCCGCGGUGACUCCCGCCACCAGCGGCGCUGGUGCCGGCAAGGAGCAGCGGGCCACCCCCAGCCCGCCGCCCCAGCUGAGCCCCACGGAACAGGGCAUCCGUGCCUCGCUGCGCCGCUCCGCCCGCAAGAGCCAGGGGCCCAGAUGA